GAGAGGACGCUCAUCCUGAGGAGGCGCUCGCCGGAAUGGCGGCUCCGGCGCCCGCUGCCGCUUCCUCCCCGCCGGCCGCCCCGACGCCCCCUGCGCCCUCUCCGGCCGCCCCUCCAGGGCCAGGGGCAGGAGCCGUCGCCCCGCGCGGCAAGAAGCGCCCCUCCAGCCCGGGGAACGGCAGCUCCGGGAAGAAGAAGCGACUGGCGACCGUUGGCGGAGGCGGAGGCGGGAGCUGCCCUCAGGUACUGACGGGCGCGGAAGUGCGCCUGCGCGGGUUUGCGCCCGAAAGGGAGGGGCGGAGGAGGAGAAGACACGCCUCUUUCUCCGCCUCCUCUUGGAACGAUAGCAUUAGAGCUACAGUAUAUAUACGGUAUAUGAAUGUGUGUGUGUGUGUGUGUGUGUGUGUGUAUGUAUGUAUGUAUAUAUAUAUAUAUGUAUGUAUGUGUGUGUGUGUGUGUGUAUAUGUAUAUAUAUAUAUAUAUAUAUAUGUGUGUGUGUGUGUGUGUGUAUGUAUAUAUAUAUAUAUAUAUAUAUAUAUGUAUGUGUGUGUGUGUAUGCAUGUGUGUGUGUGUGUGUGUGUGUAUAUAUAUAUAUAUAUAUAUAUGUGUUUGUGUAUGUGUAUAUAUAUAUAUAUAUAUACACACACACACACACAUACAUAUAUAUACAUAUAUAUAUAUAUAUAUAUAUAUAUAUAUUAUAUAUUAUAUAUAUAUACGUAUAUUUCACAAAUGAUACAGUGCGCUUCCUCUCCGUUUAUUUCCAAGCUUUUCAUGUGUUCUGCAGUCCUCUUUGGUGGUAAAACACCGUUGAAUUGAAAUGGAUCUUUCUUCCGGACAAAUACUGUAUGCAUAAAAUUUGGGAGCGGAAGUUUUUUAUUAUUAUUUCGUAAAAUUUAUACACUGCUUGAUUUUUUUAAAAAAAAAUCAAAGCAGUUUAAAAAAAGGCAAAACAAUAAUUUCAAGAAAAAAUAGUAGCAAGUUUUCUUUGUGUGUGUGUGGAAGUGGAGAUAAAGGCUCCUGGAAGUUUCAAGGAGAGUUUGAUGGAAAGUACACGAAAUCCUCCUUGUGUUGUAUUCAACACAUUGCUGCCAUAGCUGGGCUGAAACAAAUUGUUUUAUUUCUUGUACGUGGCAUUAUCAUUCACUAUUAUUACAACACAGUUCUGAGUUUAUAUAUGAAGAUACGUAUCUGACUGUUUUAAUCCUUCUUAAGUGGCAUAAUGACUAUUAUUAUUGUACAGUUAUGUGUAUAUUUAUGCAGAUAUAUUUCCAACUUGUGACAUUGAACAGCAAAUGGGAAUGUUUGUAGUUCAAAAAUUAGGGCAACAGCAGCAAGUGUUUUUUUGCGAGAUUUGGGUUGUAUUGUGUGUGUGAAUAUGUGUAAGAUUUACUCAGUUUUGUUGGCUUUGGGUGUAAGCAUUGAAUAUGCAUCUACCAACCCCUGAGGAAAAGCAAGCAUAUCUGUGUUGCAUACAAGUACAGGCAACAACCAAUUAACCCGUGUUUGAAUGAUGCACAGUUGUGCAUGUGCGUAUGGCACUGAACCUGGAAGUGACCCGAAAACGUGGGGCUUGUGCGAGGGCCAGGAACAGAACCCCCACGCAAAAUGGUUUUUGACUGUACCUUGGGAUUGAACAAAUAAACCAGACACCCAAUUAGGGAAUACAGUAGAACCUCUACCUACGUCCCGCUCUACUUAGGCCCUUUCCAAGUUGCGACCGCGGCAAACCCGGAAGUAAACACCGGCUUUGCCGCGAUUCACGCACGUGCAGAAGCGGCUGCUGCCAAAUGCGCCUGUGCACAACGGCGCUUCUACCAGUUACCCAUUUCGCCAUAAGGACGGGCCUCCGGAACAGAUUGUGGUCAUGAGUAGAGGUUCCACUGUACUGAAGACAUCUGGUACAAUUCUACUACAGUACUCUCAUAGUGAGCUAGAAGCUUGCGGUCAAAUAAUCGCCUGGUUCCUAUACUGACUGGAAAGAAACUGUCUUAGUGGUUUUCUCUGCACUCUUCCCCAAAUCUCCGUUUUUCAGCUACCUUUCUGUCAUGUUUGUAAAUAUUCCAUUCUAUUGCACCAGCUCAGUCAAUCCAUGAAAGUGGCUAAAGCACAUUGCGCAAAACAUUAAGACCACCAACAAGAACUUCUUUAAAUACAUUAGUGGCAGGAGAUAAUCUAAUGAGGCAAUGGGACCGUUAGAUGACAGCAGGGUGAAAUGUGUGCUAAAGGAGGAUAAGGAGUUUCCAGAGAUGCGAACAAAUUAUUUGCAUCUGUCUUCACAAUGGAAUAUGUAGGGCAGAUCCCAGUGCCUGAACUAACUUUUGCAGGAAGGGAACCUGAGUAACUGAGGCACAUAGUGGUGGGACAGAAUUCUAGGCCUAAUAUUAAACGAAAGAAAAUCUGACAAAUCGCUGAGUCCAGAUAACAUCCACCUGAGAGUUCUCAAAGAACUCAAAUGUGAAAUUGCUGCUCUUUGAACAAAAAUAUGUAAAUUUCCCUCAGAUCGGCCUCCAUACCUGAGGACUGGAAUAGUCAUUGUAAAUCCAAUUUUAAAAAAGGGAUCCGGGGGGAUCCUGGAAAUUACAGGUCAAUUAGCUUAACAUCUUUCCUAGAGAAGUGAUGGAAAACAGUGUAAAAUAUAGAAUAGCCAAGCAUGUAGAAGAACAAGCCUUGCUGAAGCAGAGCCAGCAUGGCUUCUGCAAAGGCAGGUCUUGCCACCCAACCCUAUUAGAGUUCUCUGAGUGUGCCAACAAAUAUAUAAUUAGAAGUAAUCCAGUUGACAUAGCAGACUUGGGUGUUCAAAAAGCUUUCAACAAGGUACCUCACCAAAGACUCCUGAGUGAGCCUAGCAAUCUUAAAUAGGAGAGGACAUCUUGGGUAUCAGGAAUUAAGAAGCAGGAAGCAGAGAGUAGGAAUAAAUGGACAGUUCUCUAAAUGAUCUAGAGUUAGGAGUGAGCAAUGAGGUGGCCAAGUUUGCUCAGGACACUGAAUUGCUCUGGGCCAUUAAAACAAAAAGAGUUUGUGAAGAGCUCCAAAAGGACCUCUCCGAACUGAGGGAAUGGGCACCAAAACAGCAAAUAUAGUUCAAUGUAAACAAGUCUAACAUGAUGGUGCACAUUUGGGCCAAAAAUCUUAAUAUCACAUAUCUGCUCACGGGGUCUGAACUGGUGCUGACUAACCAGGAGUGAGAACUUGAGGUCAUAGUGGAUACUUCAGUGAAGAUGUCGACCCAGUGGUUGGCAGCUGUGAAAAAGGCAGAUUCCAUUCUAGGGAUCAUUAGGUUAAGGACUGAAAAUGAAAUCGCUGAUAUUAUAAUGCCAUUCUACAGAUAUAUGGUGCAACCACAGUGUAAUAGUCUGUACCGUUCUGGUCAUCUCUCCUCGAAAAGGAUAUUGUAGACUUGGGAAAGGUUCAGAAAGGGCACCCAAAAUGAUCAACUCCCAUAUGAGGAAAGGUUAUUUAUUUAUUUACUUAUUUAUACCUCCCCCUUUUUUCCUGGCAGGUUUCAACAUUCAGGACUUUUUAGUUUCAAUAAAACAUAAGAGGUGACAUGAUAGAAGUUUAUAAAAUAGAUAGACUUUUAGAAGGCAUCUGAAGGCAGCCCUGUUCAGGGAAGCUUUUAAUGUUUGAAGUUUUAUUCUGUUUUUAAUGUUCUGUUGAAACCCAGCCAGAUGGGCGGGGUAGAAAUAAUAAAUUGUUGUUGUUGUUGUUAUGAAAAGUUUUUCUACGAUCCGGUUGGCCACUGUGAGAACAGAAUGCUGGUCCUUCGCCUGAUUCAACAGCCUCUUAAGUUCUUGAAAGAUUACUGAUACAGUGGCCAAAUUCAGAUGUUGCAGGAAGCUACGCCAUGGCAACUUUGGGUCCAUACUCUCACUCUUACAAGUUUGUGGUGAGAUUUAAAGCUUCCAAGUUGCAGUGUGGAACAAAAUGCCCUUUUCCAUUUCAUCUGAAUAUUUGUGAUUUGUAGUUAUGAAAUAAUGAAACUAAUUAGCCAUUUUUGUUUUUUGUUGCUCAUUUUAAAAUGACUGUUAUCCUCCAGAUUUUGCUGGACUCUAACUCCCAUCAUCCCUCACCGUUAAGAGUAUUAUCAGUGUGUGGCCAGCCUCAGGUUCUGUACCACCAGUCUUCCAUAUCCAGCUCUUCCACUAAGGAUCUCAAGAAUAAUGCCAUGUUAUAACCACAAUACCAUGGAUAGCAUUGCUUAUUGAACAGGGAAAAAAGGCUUGGCCCAUUCCAUGCAAGAGAUUCUGAAUCUGUAGAAAUCAGUAGAUGAAGCAUGGAGCGAAGUAUUAUAGCCUACCAAUUUCUACAAAAUAAGCUACUUGUUGAAAGCAUAGGAGCCAAGGCUGGUAAUAAAGUUAGCAGCUCUGCAUGUUAGAUAUGUUCAGCUAAGAGAUAGUGACUGACCCAAAGUGAGUAUCAUGGCUGAUGUGAGAAUCUGAACCCAGAACUCUUCAGUCCAAAAAAAUUAGUCUACCCAUGACGAAACAACUGCUGUAUUGUUCUUCCUUGGCUUAUGUUUUUAGUAGCCUAUCAAGAAACAAAUAUUUCUUCAUGAAAUUGUGUGUUUGUGUGUGUUCAAGUGUCACAAAAUAGGCUCCCCUAUCCAUGUGCCUCUGAUCUUCUAUACAGGGUAUAUUUUGUUCCUAAGAUUACCAGGUGGAAAGGUUUCAGUACAUUUAAAGAUUCUUCAAAAGAAGGAACUUGCAUGAUAUUUUAUUUAAAAGAUUUAAGACACUGUCCUCACAAGGUAGUUUACAAAAUGUUACAAACAAUAAAAUAACCCACCAACCCAACUAAUUGAAAACAGGAGCAAUAAUUUUUUAAAACAACAACAGUGUAUUACAAUUAGCUAAAGACAGACUGAAAUAAAAUUGACCAUGGGCCACUUGAAGGCUGGCAGUGUAUUUGCCUAAGAAGGAGGUUAGAAUAAUUUACUCUGGGAUUAAUCAAACAUGUCUCACAAGUUUUCCUCAGAUAGGCUGCAACUGAAUGGGUAAAAAGUGCUCCUGGCCACCUAUAUGGCCUGCACAUCUAUGGACAACACUGAGUCCAGGAAGCUUCCCAGAUUGUGUACCCAUCUCCUCAGGGAGAAUGCAAUCCCACCGAGAACCAGAGACAAAUAUCCAUUCAUACCAGCAGUUUUCCCAACCCAGAACACAUCCAGUUUAUCUGGAUUAAGCUUCAGCUUGUUUGCCAACAUCUAGCCCCAAACUGCUUCCAGACACCUGUUUCCAGAUUUCAUCGGAUAAACUCCACCUGCUUCAAUUCUUGUUUGUAGAAACUGUUAAAGAUGUGUGUGUAGUCUCUCUAUCAGCUCCUGGAUUAAGUUGUUGCACGUUACAGAUUUCUGAACAACGAAGGCAGCAGCAACUUUAUAAAUAGGAAUGUAAUCUAAAAAUGAACAGUCUUUUACCCCCAAGAGGAUUUGUUGCAUAUUCAGUUUGAAAAAGGCUUUCCUGGCAAAUUGCAAAGAACUGCCUCCUAUUUACUUUGCCUUUGGAUUACCCCUGCCUUGGAACCAAUCAAGAACAGAUUAUAGAACUUUCCCCAUUAUGUUGCUUUAGGGAUUUAAAAGGGGAGGAGGAGGGCUUUAUUUUUAUUUCCCGAAGUGUAAAAAGCCUCAGAUUCUCAAGAUUCUAGAUUUGCUUCUUUCGGACAAACUAGAAUAGGCUUCCUCAAACUUGGCCCUCCAGAUGUUUUUGGCCUACAACUCCCAUGAUCCCUAGCUAGCAGGACCAGUGGUCAGGGAUGAUGGGAACUGUAGUCUCAACACAUCGAGGGCCGAUUCUGAGGAAGCCUGAACUAGAACAAUGCCCUCCCUAAGGAAACAUUGUUGCUGUUGUUUUUGUAGCAGCAGCACCUGGUCCUCUCUAGAUGUUUUGGACUACAACUCCUAUAAGCUCCAGCCAGCAUGGCCAAUGGUCAGGGAUGAUGGGGAUUGUCCAAAAUAUCUGGAGAGCACCAGGUUGUGGAAUAAAGAUCAGCAGAAAGCAGGCCAGAAUUUCCUCCCAGAAUAUCUAUACUAGCCAAGAUGGACAUUGUUUGGAGUAGGGCAAACACAAUCAAGUAUCUGACCACAUUCUUGGGUUUCAAUUGCAAUGCCACCAAUACAAAAAUGACUGGAAGACUCUGGACGCGCUUGCUGUUGACUCCUGAACAAUGGUAGUGUCAGGGUUGAGUGCAUAGCAAAAACUCCAUAAUUAUGCAACCACUGUUUCUGUGCUGGAGGUUUGGGAAUUUCCAGGUUGUGGAUGUUAAAAAAUUUGCUGUAAUAAACAUAUUCUUCAGUAUGCCUUUAACAUGACCUAAGAUAACCCUUCUAAAACCCUGAACAUCACUUGUAUGUAUAAAUAAAUAAAUAAAGUUCAGCCAAGUGUUGUGCUAUGAAACAAAAGUUUUCCAAAGUUCAGCUAUAUACUUAAAAGGAGGCCAAGAAGAGCCCUGCCAGUGCAGUGAAACUUCCUGUGUCACAAACUGACCGCAUCUGUUUCCUCCAGGAGCUUAAUGGAAAUGUUACCAUCUUAGUACGCUUGAGCCAUUCAAAAUGUUGCGCUCAAGUACACACACACACACACACACACACACACACACACACACCCCGUUUAUAGAGCUUGCUUGAGACAACUUUAUUCUACCACUGAUGUGGCUAAAUCUACUAGUAUUUCAUAUAUUUCAGUAUUUUGGCUCUCAAAGCACAAACUUUAAAAAGAUAACCAUUUGAAGGUAAUUUAAUGAUGCAACCUAAGAGGUAGUGAUGUUAAAUUCUCGAGAAUAAUCUUUUGGAGAAUAUUCUCAAGAAUAUUCUUGAUUAAUGAGGUGUCUGCAUUUAAAGCAGCUGUGUAGACGAUUUGUGGAGAAUAUUCUCUGGAGAAUUUUCUAGCAGAGAAUAUUCUCCGGAGAAUAUUCUCACCUCACCUCACUACUAAGAGGGCAUUGCUUUUUAAUCAAGAUUACAUGAAGUUAUUCUUUGCUGUCAGAAUGCACUACAGAGAACAUAGAAAAGCUACCCAUCACUUUGUCAGAAGUGGUCCAGUUGGAUGCAUAAAAUAGUAAACAGUCCUUCUUGGACCAGCUAGUUUCAAACUACAGUGGUACCUCAGGUUAAGAACUUAAUUUGUUCUGGAGGUCUGUUCUUAACCUGAAACUGUUCUUAACCUGAAGCACCACUUUGGCUAAUGGGGCCUCCUGCUGCCGUCGUGCCACUGCCGUGCGAUUUCUGUUCUCAUCCUGAAGCAAAGUUCUUAACCUGAGGUACUAUUUCUGGGUUAGCGGAGUCUGUAACCUGAAGCAUAUGUAACCCAAGGUACCACUGUAUUUUGAACUGCUAUUACAGUGGUACCUUGGGAUGCGAACGAGAUCCAUUCCGGAGCCCCGUUCGCAUCCUGAAUAGAAUGUAAGACAUGUCUGCGCGUGCACGGGUCACAUUUUGCCGCUUAUGUGCGUGCGCAUGACAUUUUGAGCGUAUGCGCGAGCGGCGAAACCCGGAAGUAAUGCGCUGUGUUACUUCCAGGCUGCUGUGGAGCGCAACCCAAAAGCGCUCAACCUGAAGCACAUUCAACCCGAGGUAUGACUGUAUUUUAAAGCAUUAUUUUGAAUGUGCAAAUCAACAUCUACAUACCAGAGCUGGUCAUUGUCUGGGUUCUUGCGGGGGGUGCUCUUCUCCAGACAGCAGUCAAGGGAUUGGAAAUAUAUUUUGUCAAACAGUCCCCCUCUCAAGGGGUCAGGUUUAGGCGAGGUUUUUCUGAUUAUAGAGCACAUGUGCUCAGGCACGACUUCACAGCACUAAGAGUCUGAAACAGCCCAGAGUCUGGAAGAAAAGCCUGUAACUCUAACAAGUGAAAAAUGCCCCCCCCCCCCGUGUUAUUCAGUUAAGAUUAUAAGUGCACUAAGAUGUCACAAUGAAGAAAAAGAAAUGUUUUGAGAGGAAAGGGAAUCCUGUGGCCCUCCAGAUGUUUCACUGCAAGUACAUCUUCCCAGCUAUGCUGACUGGGCCAGAUGUGAAUUGGAGUCUGGAAGCUGGAUGCAAAUAAAUUCAGAAAUCCAAAAGCUAUAAUCCAGAGAUUUCUUUUUCAUGCUUCCACCUCUGAAGACCAGAGUUGUUCUCGCUCGCUCACUUUUUUAAAAUGUGGAAGACUGGGACCAAAGCUCACAACCUGAAAGAGAGCUAUUGCUGAAUAAGGGAAAACUGUUGUCUAAAAUGUAUAAAUUAUUAUUGGAAUGGGAAACAAAAGACGAGCUGGUUAAAGCAUCAAUGACCCACUGGGCAAUGGAUAUAGGGUACAAUAUAGAACAAAACCUCUGGGAGAAACUUUGGAAGAAUGAUUUGAGAUUUACUGCAUGCUACAUAUUGAAAGAGAACUAUAUGAAAAUGAUCCAUAGAUGGUAUUUAAUUCCGAGUAGAUUGGCUAAGAUGUAUAAUUCGGAAUCGGAUUUGUGUUGGAAAUGUAAAGAAGGAAACUUUUUUCAUAUGUGGUGGGCAUGCAAAAAAGUUUCAAAAUAUUGGGAAAUGAUAUCUAAUGAGAUUGAAAAAAAUGUUCAGAACAACUUUCCCCAAAUAACCAGAAGCAUUUCUGUUAGGAAUUGUUCAGACAGAGGUUCCCAGGAGUCAGAAAAAAUUAUGUAUUCAACAACAGUGGCUCAGAUUUUGCUAGCUCAAAAAUGGAAAAUGAGGGAGGUCCCAAGCAAGGAAAACUGGCAACUCAAUAUGAUAGAAUAUGUAGUUAGCAGGCCUAACAAGCAGAGUAAGAGAGCUAGAAGAGCAGGUAUUUAAAGAGGAGUGGAAAUUUUUUGUCAAGUAUAUUGAAAACAAUUCUACACAGUUGAAAAUGCUGGCAGUAUUAAAGUUAAAUUCAACAGUAUAAUAAACAUUGAGGUAAUGUAAGAUAGGAAAAUAGAAUCAGAUGGAUAUAUCAAAAUAUGCAGGAAUGGUGGAUAAUUAAAUGAACCUUGAAAGGGGAGGGAGGAGAGUCAAUGGAUGUAUGGUAUAAUAAAAGAUGUUUAAUCUGAAAUGUAAAAUUUGUAAAUUUAAUAAAAAUUAUAUAUACGUAAAAAAUGUAAAAUACUGACCCCCAAAAGUCCUGGUUCGUGUCCUAAUCUUGGAUGUUGCUAUCAACAGCAUCUUUUAACAUGUUCACUUCUCUUUCUGAUUUUGUGUGUGAUACUGGAGUUUUUACAAAUUGAUUUUUUUUCUUUUUUAUGAGUGAAAGUAGACAAUCUUCUACUACUUUGAUUAAAAUUUAGUAGGGCUGCCGGGGGCCAAACUAAGUAAUCACAAUGGCUGGAUAUGGCCCACAGGCCUCUUAUGUAUAAAACCUUUCAGUACAUUAAAUGGCCUGUAAGCAUUUUGAGUGAAACCAUACAACACUCAUGCUUUGUGAUUUGCUAGAUUGCCUGCCAUUAAAAAGGGAAAUGGUGAUUGCUGGGCAAGAAUACUUCUCCAUUCUCUUGCAAGCCUGCUCCAAGUAAGUAAUACGACAGAAGAAAAAAACAAAAACUUUUACAGACGAUUUUAGCUUUGAUCCUAAACAUGCUUUCUUCAAAAUACUAUUGAGAUCAAUUGAUUUACUUCCAAGUAAAUUAAUUCAGGAUAAGGGUACUUGCUAAAACAUUUUUUGUAGCUGUAGUUCUCAAAUGAAGCUUGCGGGUUCUGAUUCAGAAAAUGUGAUCUAAAGGGUUUAAUUUGAUUACUUAGGCUAUGUUCCUUGUGAACAGUUUUAUUCACAUUUAAUAAGUUGAGAGUAGGUCCCUUUGGAUUCUGGCAUUAUUUUUGAGUAUAUGCCAAGGUUUUAGGGGAAGAAAUGGAGGCAGUGAGAGAUUUUACUUUCUUGGGCUCCAUGAUCACUGCAGAUGGUGACAGCAGUCACGAAAUUAAAGGACACCUGCUUCUUGGGAGAAAAGCAAUGACAAACCUAGACAGCAUCUUAAAAAGCAGAGACAUCACCUUGCCAACAACGGUCCGUGUAGUAAAAGCUAUGGUUUUCCCAGUAGUGAUGUAUGGAAGUGAGAGCUGGACCAUAAAGAAGGCUGAUCGCCGAAGAAUUGAUGCUUUUGAAUUAUGGUGCUGGAGGAGACUCUUGAGAGUCCCAUGGACUGCAAGAAGAUCAAACGUAUCCAUUCUGAAGGAAAUCAGCCCUGAGUGCUCACUGGAAGGACAGAUCCUGAAGCAGAUGCUCCAAUACUUUGGCCACCUCAUGAGAAGAGAAGAAUCCCUGGAAAAGACCCUGGUGUUGGGAAAGAUGGAGGGCGCAAGGAGAAGGGGACGGCAGAGGACGAGAUGGUUGGACAGUGUUCUCGAAGCUACCAGCAUGAGUCUGACCAAACUGCGGGAGGCAGUGGAAGACAGGAGUGCCUGGCGUGCUCUGGUCCAGGGGGUCACGAAGAGUCGGACAUGACUAAAUGACUAAACAACAACAUAUGCCAAGGUUUUGGUUAUUGAGGCCUGAAACAUAAUAAAGACUGAGCAGGAUUCUGCUUCAUAAUGUAACAUGGCUGUAGAGAUCCUAGUGUCUGUUAGGGUAACCAGAAUUCAAAUAGGUUUGUGUGACAGGACUUGCCUUUACAGAAGCCAUACUGGCUCUGCUUCACCAAGGCUUGUUCUUCAUGCUUGGUUAUUUUAUCUUUAUACUUGCCACCAGUUUUCCUAGAACAGAUGUUAAGCAAACCGGCCUGUAAUUUUCAGGAUCCUCCUCUGGAUCCCUGUUAAAAAAUUAGUGUUACACUGGCCAUUUCCAGUCCUCAGACAUGAAGGCUGAUCUGAGGGACAUAUCUUUGUUUGAAGACCAGCCAUUUCACAUGUGCUGUGGCAGACUCAGAGAGAGAGAGAGAAUUUAGGUUGCCAGUGUGUACUCUGGAGCCUAGAGCUGAUAAAUGGGCACUUCCUCAUUUCCAUGUUAUAUAAUACAGCCCUAAUUAAAACCAAGACUCAAAGAAGCUUUGUGAAGUCCGGAAUUCUUAAUUUUGGUUCCACUAACACAAGAAUAUACACAAUGUGCCUUGUCGCUUUCCAGAAUUCCAAAUUCAAAGUGAAGCUAGACUGUUCUUGGCUCAGUUGUGGAUUGUAUAAAUGGGUCCUGAGAUGGCAGAGCCCUUUCAGCAACAGAGACUUAGAUUGUUGUUCUUUGGAAAGCUUCUUCAAAAAACAAUGUUAAACUGAUUUUAAUAAAACGUCUUUCUCAGUAACUAACUGUACUUGGACUUCACUAGGGUUGUCACCCGAAGACAGCAGGGUGGGGACUUAGCCCCCAUAGAAAUAUUUCAAGCCCUUCUGUCACUUUUCAGGUUUCAUUAUGAAAAGGAUGAGUAGCCAUUUUACUUCCAGAGAAGUAAAAUUUAAGGAAGCAACGUGCAGGUAGUAUCCUGUCCAGCUGAUUAAUAAGGCGUAAGCCUGUUCCACUUUCCAGUGUUCUGGCAAAGGAUAGCUGGCAAGCACUUGACACAUCAUUUAAAAUGAUUUACAAAUUCAUAUAUUUUGAACAAAUUAUAGAACUUUCAUCUAGGUUUUUGUUGUUUUGCACUGACUCAUAUUAAAAGCAGAUGAAGAUUUUCUCCAUCACUUUAUCUCUGUGCCAGGAAAAGCUUUGCCUGCUUAAUUCUGUAUAUUGGGUGCAUUAAAGACACAAGAGUGGGGCAGAGAUAGAGACCAUAGCAAGUGAAUGCUACUGGUCAUGUAAGGCUUAGAAAGGCUGCCGAUUUUUUUUUAUUUUGUACAAUUAUUAAAGGUCUGUGAGAAGCCCCAUCUUCCUGUACCUCCUAGCCCUUCUCAGGCAUCCUUCUAUGUCAGGCAUGUCCAAAGUCUGCUUUGGGGGCCUAAUCCUGUCCACUGGUCGGUUUAAUCCAGCCCCUGUGGCAGUUUAUUUCCUGGGGUAAAAUCCUAAAAAUAUGUCAACAACAUCAAUCCUAAAAAAGAUUCAACAACUCCAACCCUAAAAAAAGCUCAACAACUUGGGUUGGCCCUUUGGUCGGCUCUCAUGGCCCUUCACUUCAUCAAAUCUGGCCCUCUUUGAAAAAAGUUUGGACACCACUGUUCUAUGUAAACCAGCCUCCCAAAGUAACCUGGUGCCAAGUGCAUUCCGCACCUCAAAACCAUCCAGUUGUGAUCAAGCAAAGAUUUAUUGUUGCCUUGUUUGCAUCUGACUUCUCCAGCCAAUCUGUGAGAAGCCAAGGACGAGGGAGCAAGGCCGGCAUGUCUGGCUGUCACAUAGAAGACGGAGCAAGCUUGCUUUCUCCUGCUCUGUAGGGUACAACUCGAACCAGUGGCUUCAAGUUACAAGAAAGGAGAUUCCGACGAAACUUUCUGACAUUAAGAGCUGUUCAACGCUGGAACAGUCUCCCUCAGGAGGUUCUGGGCUCUCCUUCCGUGGAGGUUUUUAAGCAGAGGUUGGAUGGUCAUCUGUCGUGGAUGCUUGAGCUGAGAUUCCUGCACUGCAGGGGGUUGGACUAGAUGACCCUAUGGGUCGCUUCCAACUCUACCCUUCUGUGGUUGUCCUUUAAUCUUCCUGCCACACUUGCCAUUGUCUCCUGUCACACCCUUUGAGAACCUCUACUGAAGCAGCAGGUAGUUUGCCCUCCCCACCUGCUUUCUUUCCAGUAGAACCUCCUGAAUUUCUUAAGGCUUUUAAUUUUUUUAAAAAUUAACCAUGAUUGUUUCUGCCUUAGCCUCAAGAACUCUGAAGCACAAUUGGUAGAAUUCAGUGCGGCCAAUCUGUCUGUGGAUUUAUUUUUGCUCCAGCAGAGGCAUCCACUAGGAGAAAUGGAAAUGGAUAUGUCAAUUCCCCUUUCCCAUUGCAGCCACCCUCCCCAAAUCUGUCCCAGAGGGUUGGGGGACCUUUGGGAAUAGUGUGGGCUGCAGAGACAAGAGGGGGUAAGAGAAAAUUGCCUCUCUUCCUCUUGCAUUGGUAGACAUCUGCAUUGCUCUGGAAUGAAAGCACUGAAUUUCACUCCAUAUUUUGAAACGCUCUAGCCGUGCUCACUUUCCCCCCAACACUUUACUUGCACUGUCUCUGUAAAUUUGAUGGUCCACAAAUUAUGUAUUUCUGUAUUUCUGCACAUAAAUUGGGUCAAUAUUAGUCACAACAAGCAGACCAGUGUAAGUGGCUUGUGAGCAGAACCUACAGCAGGUAAAUGGGCGUUGUGGGCUGGGGAGCUGUGAAGUCACAUUUUUGCUCACUUGUGUGUUUCCUUCUCAAACCUGACAAAUCUUUUUCCCCCCAGAAUACCAGUGCAGAGACAGUGACUGAAAACAAAACUGUGACCACAGAUCCCAGUACAGGGCCAGUAGAAACAUCUAUAAAACCAUUGCCUUUUAAGUCUCCAAGCUUCGUCGUAAGUAUAUAGUUAUACACGCUUAAUAUUUUAUCCACCAUGACGCUAGUCUUGAAACUUUCCAGAUAUGAGGCAUACUGUAUAUUUUGCCCAAACCUGAAAUGUAGGCCCCACUUAAAUGUAUAUGCCCAACGUCCUCCCCCCCACCCUCCCCUUUGCCACACUACUUUUUCUUGUUCUCUCCUCCUUUUUUGGUUGCUGUUUUUCUUCUUUCCUCCAUUUAUUUAUUUGUUUGUUUAUUUUUAAAAUUCAAGAGCUGGCCAUAGCAAAUAAAUGCUGAAACAAGCUGCUUCUACCUGAUACCUGAAUGCCACCAGGGCUAGCUGGAUCUCCAAGGCAGGGAGUUGAAUAGGCUGGGUGCCACAACAAAGAAGGCCUUUUCUACCAUACCCACCAACCUAGGGGUCGGCAGACUACGGUCUGCGGGCCGGAUCAGGCCCAGUUGCCCUCAGGAUCUGGCCCAUGGGAGAAGCUCCCUCCACCGUGUGUGCGCACAGUCCAGCCUGCCGCAAGGUCUGGGGGACGGUGAACCGGCCCCCUCCAAAAAAAGGUUGCUGACCCCUGCACCAACCUAGCCUGAAUGAGUUGGCAGAGUCAUGUGGGAGUAGACUGUAUCCAAGUUCCAUCCAUUUGGGGCUUCAAAAGUAAUAACUAGCAGUUUGAAUUGACCUCGCAAAGAGCAGAAGCCAGCAAAACCUGUCCAAUUAUGGACUCGUGGACUCUUGAGAAACAGGCUUUUGCAUCAGGUGAGAAAAUUCCAAACACUUUUCAAAGGUGAGUUCACAAAGAGUUUGUUACAGUAAUCCAGACUUGAUAUAGCUAAGGCAUUUGUGAGCUUUGCUUGAACCACUUUCACCAGGAAUAGGCAGAGUUGGUUACACCAACCCAAGUUAUGAAAAAGUUCUCCUGGCUACCCAGGAUCAUACCCAGAUCCAGGAGUGAACCUGAUUCUUCAAGGAGAAUGCAACACUGCCCAAAAGAGCCUAUAUAAACCACUGGUUUCUUGUUUUUAUUAACAUAUGGGGUUUUAUUCAACUAACCUUUACGCAGAGUAGACCCACUGAAAUUAAUGGUCAUGGCCAAUUUAAGUCCAUUGAUAUCCUUGGGACUGCUCUGAAAUAAAGUUAGCUUGCUAGGCCAUGUCCAUUCCUGACCUUGAGUCAUUGGCUUCCCUGGCGUGUGGUGGAAAUAGGCAGCCCAAUGUCUACACUCUGCAGUUUUUGCUAGUUACAGUAAUUAAUUUUAGAUGCACAUGUAUGGUAAAAAAAAUUAAAGGGGGGGCAAUGUUGUAGGUUGUGCCUAGGAAUAGGUCCCAGGUCUAAAAACUGAAAAUGCAAGACUGUUCUUACCAAUAGUACACUGCUGCAUUAAGAACACUGGAUAGUAUUCAACUAAGUCCUUCUCAGAUCCAUUGAAAUUACUGAACCUCAGUUAGUCAUCAUGUCUGUUAUCUUCAAUGGAUCUAGUAGGACUAGCAUUGAAUACCACCCACAGGAUUUUACUCAGGCUUCCUUUAUUUGAAGAAAAAUAACGUUUCCAUAAAACUUUUCUCAUUAAAAGUCUAUUUCUCCAUUUUAUUCAUUUUAUCCAAACACACUAGUUUCGGUACAGGUCAAAAUGUCCUCCUAUUGGUUGCUGCAAAACAAAUGUUGUUCAUUUUCUGCCUAACUUCAGAUAAAUGGAUGGAACAAUUUUAGUAGCAAUUUAGUCCCGCAACGAAAUGCUACGUUGAAUGUAUUAAUAGUGCAUUUGUUUGUAAACCCACUUUUAACCAUUCCAGCACUCUGGCAUUGGUGGAGCUGCAGCUGGCAAGAAGAACAGAACCUGGAAGAACCUGAAACAAAUCCUUGCAUCAGAAAGGGCAUUGCCAUGGCAACUCAAUGAUCCAAGCUGUAAGCUGCUUAGAUGCUUUCCAUGUAUUUAUAAAUAACAGCUUUCUUGAAAAUACACCUAAAUUGUUUUCUCUGCAGGAGAUAGAUUGUGACCAAGUUUACCUAUGCAAUUAAAGAUCAGGUGGGCAUUUUUCACCAUAAAAAGGAAAGGCACAUGAAUGAAAUGACAUGGGACUGGGGUAUAAAUUAUCUGCAAAGGAUGAGAAAUGUGAAUGCAAAUGGCACUGGUUCACUUGGGACUGUCCACUGCUUUCUCUGUGUGUGUUACAGUGCCAUCCUGUGCAUGUCUGCUCAGAAGUAAGUCCUGCUGAGUUCCUGUGUGAAUUCAGUCUGCAUAUAACACAAUUGGCACCUUUAAAAAAAAUAAUCAGUCUUUCAUAGUUGUCAAUAGAUCCAUUCUCCACUAGCUGUAAUAGCAAAAUACUAAGGACAGAUAACAAGAUAACAUCAUUGUCAUGGGUAUCUAGUUAACUUCCACAGGCAACUGGCUGGCUGCUGUAGGAAACAGAAUACGGAAAUUGUGUAAUCUUGAUCUAAUUUAAGAAUGCAUAUUCUCAAGAAAUUAAGUUUUGCAAACCAUACACCUUGAGUUUUCAGCCUAACAACUUUGUGUGAAGAGAUUCUUUGAAUUAACAAUGAGGUGGUGUGCACAUUUCAGUUGCAGCAUUUUGGCAAGCCUCUAGUGUUCUGGUGCCCAUACUUGUCAGCAGUACCUUGAUAGUGCAAACAUUUAAAAAAUCAAUGUAGGGCACUGACUUUCAGGCUUCUUGCCAUCAUGGAACUCUUUCCACAAUUAUUUUUCCACCAAGGAACUCUGAAGAAUCACAGAAUAUUCUGGUUUGUGUUCUAGGGUGCACACUCAAUUCAUAGGAGACCUGCCUAGGGAUUAUUGAGCCUAUGGAAUCUCAGAAGCACGUUCUCAUAUUCCCUAGAGGCUGUGCAUUUCAUGGUGUGGCUGGUAUUCUCAGAAAACUACAUUUUACAAGACCGAUGAUGGCAGACAAUCUUCAAGAAAUCCCUGAUAAGCAGUCAGUGACCCCCAGACUUCCUAGAAACACCACCGGACUAGAGUGGUAACAGCCAAGCCAACCCUAAGAUUUCUUGCAAGGCUGCCGAAUUAACUUGGUGUGACCUAAAGCAUAUAGACAUAUGAAAAGAAAAGAAAGAAAAUGUGUAUUUCUCAAAGGAGAGCCGUUGCUGUAUUGUAGACAAUCUGUCUUAGAUGUAGAGGGUUCCAGGUUCAGUCUUUGGCACCUUCCAGUAGAGAUAGGAAAUAUUUCCUGGCUAAAACCCCAGAGAAGUGCUGUAAGUGUGGACAGUUUUGAACUGGAUUUGGUAUAAAUCACCUUCCCUUGAUCUAUGUUCAGAACAUGGGCUAAGAAAUGUGCUAAGAAAAUGCAAUCAAAAAGGACUGUAGCUGGAAACCAAGCAGUGCUGAUACAACUUUGGUCAGGUUAUUUGGGCUAGCGUCUUACUUUGGAUGUAAUACUAAGCCUCUGCAUCACUAUAUUUAUUUUAUCUACAAAUGUAUAGCACCCUAUUCUUUGUCAGACACACUCAGACAUAGCUGGACUGGAUGUUUUGGCUGCAGAGUAACUCACAACAUGAUGAUGGUCCCAACUCAUGCGGUGAGUUACUCUAAUGAUGUGGCAGCGGAGAGGAUUAGUCCUGCGGGAGUCGCCACUUCCCCAUGGGGACAGUAACAUCUCCAUUAACUCCCAGUGUAAAACGUAGCCCCUUUAAUAUUUUUUGCAGCCACUUAAUUAGGAUUAAAGGAAAGUGGCAGUAGAAGGCUGACACUUUAUUAGACUUUAAUUCUUUGCGCAGAAAUAAAUGUGCCGCUAAGUGUUUUUCAGCAUGCUGGCCUUAGCCUGGUGUGUUCCUAGUGCCUUGUAGCUGGCAACCUGCUGAUGAUGCUAUUUCUACUGCAUUCUCUGGUUUCAGAAAUAAAUUUGCAUAUAUUAGAAAGGUGGUUAGAAAGCAAACAGUUGAAGGGUGUAAAAACAUCUGCUCAAGAGUAUUUUUCAGAACAUAUUCAUGCCAUACAUAAUGAUUAAAAGAAGCUGAUCUGCUAACUUGGAAAUGCUUCAGCCAUAAAAUCUGUACUGAAAUCAUCUGAGAGGAAGCGAGCUACAAAGACACAAAAUAGCUUUGUGGUGAAUAUAUGCUGAAAUUAAGGAUAUUUUAAAGCACUUUGCCUGUAGAAAUGUUUGCUUGUGGCAAUGUUUGCUAUUACUCCCCAAGCAGCUCCAGUGACUAGGAAUUUCCAACUCCUCAUUUAAGUAUUCACACAAUUUUCUAGGUCAUUGACCAGGCUUAAAGUGGUACACGCUUAAAGAUUUAUCUGAUUUAAAAGAUUAGUGUAUGCUCUCUCCACGCACCCUGGAUUAUAUUAGUCUUGAGCAAUGUUUGUGGUCUUAUAAUAUGAGAGGCAUAUGCCAAAGGCUGUGUUUUUCAUAUAUAAUGCUGAUGAACCUGCAAGCUACAGGGUGUUCAAAAAAUAACUAUACACCUUGGACAAUGUAAUAUAGUAGGUGUAUGGUUACUUUUUGAACACCCUGUAUUUGCAAUAUAUAACAGCAAUUUCUCCCAGCCAGUUGCCUACAUUUAGGUUCCACUUUCAGAUCUGGAGACUAAACUGUUCCUCUGAUCUAUCACCAGAGAUCUGCACCAAUAGUUGGUACAAAGGCACAUACAUUUCCCUUCUGUGUCAAAUGUCCUAUUGAAUGCAUCUUUCAAUGUGACUAGAGAUGCAUAUCAACAUCCGAGGUCACAGGUCAUUGUGCAUAACUAAUUGCCCACAUGGGUGGCGCUGUGGUCUAAACCACUGAGCCUCUUGGGCUUGCUGAUCAGAAGGUAGGCGGUUCAAAUCCCCGCGAUGGACUGAGCUCCCGUUGCUCGGUCCCAGCUCCUGCCAACCUAGCAGUUCAAAAGCAUGGCAGUGCAAGGAGAUAAAUAGGGACUGCUCCAGCAGGAAGGUAAACGGUGUUUCCGUGCGCUGCUCUGGUUUCGGCAGAAGCGGCUUAGUCAUGCUGGCCACAUGACCCGGAAAAACUGUCUGCGGACAAACGUCGGCUCCCUCGACCAGUAAAGCGAGAUGAGCGCCGCAACCCCAGAGUCGUUCACAACUGAACCUAACUGUCAGGGGUCCUUUACCUUUACCUUUUUACUGCUGAAUUGGGAUCUUUGUUUUUAUCUUUCUCUCUUGCUAUUUAUAAUUAGCAUUUUGUAUUAGUCAUUUAGCACCAUAAAUGUGCAUACUAAUUUAUUUAUUUUUAAAGUAACAACAAAAAAACAGAUUCCUGCUUCACAGGAGCUUACAAUCUAAAAUUUGAUGCAGGGGAUGCAAUGGUAAAAAGAAGGGUAAACAGUGAAAGAAUAUGUUUGGUUCAGUGACACACACUUAGGUAGAUGAGAAGUAAGGGAAUAAGCCAAAGUCUUAAUGGAAAAGGUAGGGUUUGUGGAGGUUUGAAGGAAGAAAAACAGGUAAAUUAAUGUAAUUGGGAGUUCCAGGCGCAAGGGAGAAAAGGUGGUCAUUUGAGAGAUUGCGUGAUCAGUCCUAUAUGUUUCUACUCAGAAGUCUCAUAGAAUGGAGUGAGGCUUAUUUGUAAGUUAACGGGUAUAAGAUUGCAUCCUAAGAACUUUGGAUGACUGGGGAUGGAGCUGGAGAGCAAAGGUCCUGGGCAGCGAUACAUCAGUUUGUGUGGGUGGAGAGAUAAGGCUGAGAGGCAACACCAUGAAGUAUUUGAAGCUGCAAAUAAGUAUGUGCUAGAUGUGGGAGUGAAAGAGAAAGUUUGUGUGGGGAUUUUAAAAGAGGCACCAUGUAGUCUGUGAUGCCACAUCUGGAGCAAAAUUGGUGAAACCACUAUUUAAGACAAUAAUUUGAGUAAUGUCAGCAUUUAAUUUGGUUUAGUACUUGCUAGUGGUGUGCUUCACAUUGUUUCACUAGGCAAUGCAACCUGAUUCUUCCAUGCUUAAAAAAAGGUAAAGGACCGCUGACAGUUAAGUCCAGUUGCGAACAACUCUGGGGUUGCAGUGCUCAUCUCGCUUUACUGGCCGAGGGAGCCGGCGUUUUCCGCAGACAGUUUUUCCGGGUCAUGUGGUCAGUUCUGGCGAACCAGAGCAGGGCACGGAAACGCCGUUUACCUUCCCGCUGGAGCAGUACCUAUUUAUCUACUUACACUUUUUGGUGUGCUUUCGAACUGCUAGGUUGGCAGGAGUUGGGACCGAGCAACGGGAGCUCACCCCGUCGCAGGGAUUCGAACCGCCGACCUUCCGAUCGGCAAGCCCAAGGCUUAGUAGGGAUUAAUGCUUUCUGCAAAUGCAUUCAAGCUGACAAAGCUAGUGUGCUCUGCAUGUGAACAAUGUCCUGCCAUCACUGCCACUAGCCUCUCUCUCGAUUAAGGGUGUGGAUUCUCAGGGACUGGAAACAGGACUCAAGUCAAAUUGAUGGAAUGAUUCUAGUCAGGCCUCAGGCCCAAGAAUUUGUAAAUUAAGAACUGCUUUCCAAAAAGAGGUUAAACGAAGAAUUGAAUGCUUCUUUCUCUCUUUCUGGCACACCUCCAGAUUUCAGCAUAGAUGCUCCUCCUUCCUUUAAACCAGCCAAGAAAUACUCUGAUAUUUCAGGACUUCCUGUAAGUAUUUUUCUUUUCAUAUUUCUUUGAUUGGCUUUGGUCUUACUCUGUCCUUAUUCAAACUCCUGCACAGAGGGAUGGUCCUAAAUAGCAGUAACAAGUUCUCCCUGUUCUGGGGAACCCUGUAGUACUUUUGGACACUUAUCCUCAAUUGGGAGAAUUGUAAAGGCAGACAAACCUCUUGGAAAAACCAACCUGUCACUGCAAAUCUUCUUCAAAGUAUAACCAAAGGACAGCAUUGGCUGGGCUGUAUGGCACAACACUGUCAGUUCACCCAGAACAAUGGUGAGGUCCAGCCAGUUUGCCUAGUAUUUUUAGGAACUGAUUAUUUACCCUAAAACAUGCCCCAGUGCUCUCUACAACACACUUGCAUUCUCUGCAGGUGGAAAGUUUAAAGAAAAAAACUACUCUGUUAUUUAACUCCUAUUUACUGUAUUUUUUGCUCUAUAAGACUCACUUUUUCCCUCCUAAAAAGUAAGGGGAAAUGUGUGUGCGUCUUAUGGAGCUAAUGCAGGCUGCGCAGCUAUCCCAGAAGCCAGAACAGCAAGAGGUAUUGCUGCUUUCGCUGUGCAGCGAUCCCUCUUGUUGUUCUGGCUUCUGAGAUUCAGAAUAUUUUUUUCCUUGUUUUCCUCCUCCAAAAACUUGGUGCGUCUUAUAGAGCAAAAAAUACGGUAGUUCCUUUCAGAGUGAAACCCUUCCCCCAGGUGGCUUACAGAAGAUAAUUAGUUUCAUGUAAAUGCGGGAUAAUUUAGUUUCAUAUUUAUUUAUUUUCAGCAUUUAAAUCCUGCCCUUUAUGCUUUCAUGAUGGCUUACAAAAAUCAGUUCUAAGACAGUUCCUGCCCUUAGGCUCACAAUUUAAAAAGAUAUGAUGAAGAGAAAGGACUCAGGAGCGUCUUACCCAUAGAGGCAACUGGUGUGGGGCACCAGGGCACCAAGUUCUGGAGGGCGCCAGGGAAGAGGCAGAGGCUGGGCGCAGUGCCUCCCGGCAUCAGCUCGCCGCCCUUGCCUGCCUCGCUGAAGCAGCGCCAUGGCCGGAGCCUCCGCCUCUUCCCCGCCAGAGGAGCCGCCCUCCAGCUGCUGCCAGCAGCGCCGUAAAAGGGUCGGCAACUCUGGGAAAUGGGGGGGGGCACCGGAGGGACCUUUGCACCACAGCGCUGGAUAUACUUAAGACAGCCCUGAAAGGACUGCAUAGGUGGAGAAAAAAGGAAGCUCAAGCAAGAUUUCUUAGAGUUGCAGCCAAUGUCAGUGGCGAUUCUGGCAGUCUUGUCCUUGAUAAAGAUCAACCCCUCCCUUAAACACCUCCCCCCCAUUCAUAUCCAGGAGCAAAGCUGGUGACCACAGGCACCAGGUUCUGCCCACCUUUGACGUCACGCAGCGGGAUGGGGCCUCUGGUAGCCUUUUGAGACCUGCCUUUGUAGGUUCAGGCCAAAAUUCCUACCUAGGAGAACAGCUCAGCCCCUCCCUUGAAUUGGAUGAGUCCUCUUUCACUAAGGAAACUGUUGCAGGUGUAAACACACCUUAUGCCUUUUUUCUGGCUGUUUGGAAACUGGGGAAUUCAAAAGGACAGUUGCCAGAAACGAACCAAUAUGAGUUACUUUCAUGGAGUGCUUUCUAAGGGUUAAAAAGGUAAAGGAGCCUUGAUAGUUAAGUCCAGUCGUGAACAACUCUGGGGUUGCAGUGCUCAUCUCGCUUUACUGGCUGAGGGAGCCGGCGUACAGCUUCCGGGUCAUGUGGCCAGCAUGACUAAGCCACUUCUGGUGAACCAGAGCAGCGCACGGAAACGCUGUUUACCUUCCUGCCAGAGCGGUACCUAUUUAUCUACUUGCACUGCGUGCUUUCGAACUGCUAGGUUGGCAGGAGCUGGGGCAGAGCAACGGGAGCUCACCCGUUGUGGGGAUUUGAACCACCGACCUUCUGAUCAGCAAGCCCUAGGCUCUGUGGUUUAGACCACAGCAGCACCCGGGUGCUGAUUAUGUGCACUUAGUAAAGUGCAGUUUCCUAGGACUCUUUAAUUGUACAUUUUUAGACAUAGUCUGCAAGUCAUUCUUUAAGAGGUUCAGUUUUCCAGUUCUUUUUUGGGGAAAGCUUAAGAAACGAGUAUUCAGACACAUACAUAAUUGUUUUGUAGCUAUAUGCUGUUGUGUACUUUAUGGAAAAUUGAGAGGACACACCCAUACCUCAAGGAGCCUAAGAGCUAAAAGCAGACAGAAAAACAACAGAAGAAAGGUAUGAAAACAGAGUUAUGGGUAAAUGAGGAAAAAAUAUGUGACCAUAGGUAAAGCCAUCUUGAAUCUUUUUGGGGUAUAAGGCAGGAUAGACUUUUAUUUAGUAAAUGCAAUAAAAUAAAGGUAUCAAGAAAUACCUUUAUUUUAUUACAUUUACUAAAAAAAAUGUCUACCUGUAAUUCAAGCCUGUGGGGUAGACAGACUUCUGGUUUACCUUCAGAAAGCUGUCAUUUUGUCUGAAUGUCUGCCACACGAAGUAACACAGAGAUUACCAAAAACACCCUACAGCAAAAGGAAUGUUUGCUUUUUGUUCCAUUUUGGCUCUUUUUAAUUUUCUAGGGAGUUUUUCCUUUUACCUUCUAAGCCUACCUUGUAGCACUGCCUAUAUUGUUGUGGGUGGAAGAAUCCUCUUGCCUCUAAUAAGAGUUCUCAGCAUCACCUGUUUCAUUUAGAUAACUGGAUUAGUGGGUGGUGGUGGUGUUGUUGUUUUUAAAAAAACAGCUAGAGAUCUUCAAAGGAAGCCCUAAAUUCGACUUUGCAAUUACUUCCUAAUGUAAGGUGCAAAAGGGGUAUUGUAAAAAUCUAAGAUGCUCCUUGUCUUCACAGUGGCAUCCUCACUUGUCCUGGUUGAAGCUGGGGUUGCAUAAUUCUGUAAAGAGUCUUGAUCAUUAAAAUGGAGAAGGCAGUGAACAUUUUCAUCCAGAUGCUGUUUGUAAUUUUUAAACCGGCAUUUGGAAACGGUUGGGGCCUGCAGAGGAGGGGAUCCUGCACCGCCACAUGAUCUGCAUGUGGGGAUCUCUGUUUUGGUCCCUCCAGGAGCAGAACUGGGAAAGACUCUAGCCUGAGAAGUUGGAUACUGGCAGAGAAGCCAGGGCUGGGCUAGAGGGACCAGUGGCCCAUCUGACCAGGACCGUCUUAAGCAUAUGUCAACCUUUUUUGAGGGAGGGAACACCAGCAGUGGUGGAGGAAGCCUCUUGGGACAGGACAGCGCUGCCGGUGACGCGCCCAGCUUUGCAGGCUGGAGGAGGUGGGCAGCAGCUGAAGGGCGGCUCCUCCAGCGGGGAAGAGGCAGGGGCUGGACGUGGCACCUUCCGGCUUAGCUGGCCGCUUUGUGCCAUAGUGGCUACAGCAGUCAGAGGCUCCGGGUGUGGCACUGCUUUGGCACGGCAUGGUGGAGGCGGGCGAGGGCAGCAAGCAGGCCAGGGAAGCCAGCCCCAUGGAGAUACACAGCGCCUGAUGCCCGGCUCAAAGACGGCUAGCAGGAGGGGUGGCGCGCAUGCCUGCGCCUCAACCUGCUAGGCGAGCGAGCAUGCUGAGCGAGCGGACCUGUACCAAGUGAGCAAGGGUGCGUGUGCCCCUCCCGCCGACUGUUGCCUCAGUUUUUAGCCUUCUGGCCCCCCACAGAAUUCAGUGCCUACAGGUUAAAAGGGGGAAAACCGAGCCAACGCUUGGCGGGAGCGGCACACGCGCACUCAGCGCACUCGUUCGGUGUUCCACGGACUCUCAGCUGGCGCCCUCCAGAAUUUGGCGCCCCGCACCACUAGCAUCUAUGGGUAAGACAGCCCUGCAUCUGACACAGUUUAAGGCAGCUUCGUUUGCAGCAUGUCCAGCUGUUACUUUUGCUCCUUGCAUAAAGGUGUCCAUCUACUUUCCAGAACUUCACUGCACAGGCAGUUCUCAACAAGGAUGUUGAGUAGCCCUUCUGCCAGAGGCGUGUAGAGGAGCUGAUGGGAGCCCCCAUGGAUAGUGUUCCAGGGCUACACUAGAAAAGCAACGUCCAUUGCAAUGGGCCCACCCCUGAGGUUGGGGCGGGCUCAGUGCGCUUCCUAAAUCGAAAGGGGUGGAUCAUGCAAAGUAUUAGCUUUUGCCUCAGCAUGUCAUCAUUUUUUAAUAUUGUCAUUCUGCAGCCAUCAUAUUAAAACAAGAGUUUCAUUUAGGGGCUGCAUUUGCACUUUUUAGAUUUCUCUUGAAAUUUAAAAGAUGAGCCCCUGGUCAUAUUAAUGCAACAGAAAUUUCAUUCAAUGCUGGAGGUGGGGAGAAUUAAGUGCUCAAACAUCUGCCUCCUUCUGAAGACAAAUCAGCCCUGUUGCUAUAGCAACAAAGAUAAUUAUAUAUAGCUCAGCUCUGGCUGUGGUCUUCACCCUAAGCUUACAGAAGUGUAAGACUUUUUCUCAUCAAAGUACAGUGUUACUUUAUCUAACUUAUUGUAUAAUUUGGGAGUGAAAUUUAUAUAUUCCAAUGUAAUUUAUAUAACCCCAUUGCAGUUUUGCUGGUAUGCAGCAAUGUCUCAGUGUCUUAUUUCCUAAGAUGAAGAAUAUGAAUUGAAGAUAAGUUAAGGCCACACAGUUUUUGCAUUGCUGUUGUAAAUUUAUCUCGAUAGUUUAAAAUAGAAAAUAUUGCUGCUGGAAUAUCUCUCUAGGCAUCCAUCAGUGUCUAAAUGUUUCUCCAGGAAGAAUCAGGAACUCCACCGGGCAUAACACUCAAAUCACAAAGUUAUAUUGUGGGUUGAUUUGCCUCCUCUCACACCACUGAUGGAAAACUCGACACAAGACUAUAAUAGCCAUUGAGAGACCCAUCUUCCUCCAUGAAUUUGUCCAGUCCCCUUUUAAAACUGCCUAAAUUCCAUUGUUAAUUAUAUACUAUCUGAGGAAGUACUUAUUUUGUCUAUCUGGAUCCGACAGCCAAUCAAUUUCAUUGAAUUUUAUAGACCACAACUAAGCUUAAAGUCUUGUGUCAGGUUUUCAGGCUGCUAAAUGGAACCUCCAUACUCAGAAGAACUAUACCUUCUGAAUAACAGUUCUUGUUGGGCAAACGAUCUUUAUUUUAUUUUCUUACAUUUAUAACCCUACCUUUCUUCCGUCAUGGAACCCAAGGCAGCCUACAUGUGGUUCUCCAGUGCUUACCCACCCAGGGUAGUUUGCUGGCACUCACUGAAUGUUGCUGUUAGACCGGGGUCAGCAACCUUUUUCAGCCGUGGGCCGGUCCACCGUCCCUCAGACCUUGUGGGGGGCUGGACUAUUAUUUUUUGGGGGGGGGAAUGAACGAAUUCCUGUGCCCCACAGAUAACCCAGAGGUGCAUUUUAAAGAAAAGGACACAUUCUACUCAUGUAAAAACAUGCUGAUUCCCAGACCGUCCGCAGGCCAGAUUUAGAAGGCGAUUGGGCUGCAUCCGGCCCCCGGGCCUUAGGUUGCCUACCCCUGUGUUAGACAAUCCCAUGAAGUCUGUUUAUUCAGAAAUCUAGCUCUGCAGGUUAGCUGUGAUAAAGGAAUGCUGAUGAGCAUUCAGAAAGUAAGCUUGUAGGUGUACAUUGUCAGACCUAGUUCUUCUUACUGCCCAUCCAUUUGUUGUUGUAACCUGCCUUACAUAAUACAAUUAAAUAUCUUGCAUGUUUAUAUGUUAUUUAUUGACAUGGUUCUCUAACGGGAGGAGAUCACAGAAAUGCAGUUAUUUGGGUUCACUGUUAACAGUGUUUGUUUCUUUAGCUGUUGGUGGAAAUUAACAUUUCACAAGUAAACCACAUAAAGAACUCUUUUUACCUGCUAGGAAUCUGGAUGAGCAACACCAUGGUGACCAGUCAUUUCCUUUUGCUCUUUACAUUGUGCUUUGUGUUCUUGAAAUAAUUAUGAUUUCAAAAGCUGCACUAAAGUUGCAAAAAUACAUUCAAGAAUAUCGCCAUCAUUUUAUUAAGGAGACAAUACGCCUUUUUAGGGCAAACAACGGGGGAGAACCAUUUCCAUAGUGCCCCGAUUGUAUAUUUCGCAGGGAGAAGUGGCUGGGGCUAGAAUGCUAGUUUAGUUGGACCUUUGCUUUAAUUCAUUAUGGUGUGACCAGCAUAUUUUCACCUGUAUUAAAAGUGUGUGUGUUUUCACAAUUUUCAGCUCAGAUGUUUGUGUGUGUUCUUCUUUUAGGCAAACUACACUGACCCACAGAGCAAACUGAGAUUUAGUACCACUGAGGAGUUUGCCUACAUUCGGAUGCUUCCUUCUGAUGUUGUUAUGGGUUACCUCACUCUAAGGAAAGCAUCAACUGUAGUUCCCUGAGAAGAGGAAACAAAAGCCAAAGCCUUGGGAAUCACUGCGCAUUUGCGUGUAUAGAAUAGGUCAAAGUUCUUCGAAAUAAAAUAUGAAUUAUAAUUAUUGAUUUAAC